AUGACACAUUCCUGUUUGGUGGCUCAUCCUGGUGACAUGAAGUUACAUUUGGUUCAUUCUGGUUUGGUGAAACCACAUUUUCUCAUGUUGUCGUUGCUCAUGGUAAACUGUAUUUCAGUCGCAUUUCUUGUUAUUGCCGUUUGCACAAUGGCAUCAUCUUUUAAAUGGCUU